CGCGUGCAAUUCUCGUGGUAUGUCCGCCGUAACUCGUCUCUCGGUCUUUACUAGUUUGCAAAGCUCUUGCAACUGUUAUAUAAAGUGCGACAAACUUACACAUUACAAUUUACUCCAAGUUGACACGCCGGAUCUAUCAGAUUUUGUACUAAAAUAGAACAAGGUUUAACUUUUCUUCAAAUUUAUUUCAGAAAAUAAUGGAUCGUUUUAUUGUAUUAAUUUGUCUCAUUGCAACUAUUCAACAAGUUUAUACAUUACGUCAAGGAUCAACUGAUUAUGAAGAUACAUCGUAUUGGUUAAAAUCCGGUCAAGAAAAUUUAAAAAAAAUCUUAGCAGCUGAAAAUAUUGAACGUCGAGCAAAAAAUGUUAUAAUUUUUAUUGGAGAUGGUAUGGGAAUAGCAUCAGUAACAGCCGGACGAAUUUUUACUGGACAGAGAAAAGGGCAAAGUGGUGAAGAAUAUAAAUUAAGCUUCGAAACAUUCCCCAACAGCGGAUUCUCAAAAACAUAUAAUGUGGAUAAACAAGUACCUGAUUCAGCUGGUACUGCAACGGCAAUAUUUUCUGGAGUCAAAAGUCGGUACAGGGUCAUUGGAUUAGAUCCAAAGGCAUUGUAUAAUGUUUGCGAUUCGACUAUGAAUGAAGUUAGGAAACUUACAACUGUUGCUGAUUGGGCACAAGCCACAGGAAUGGAUACAGGUUUUGUUACAACAACAAGAAUAACUCAUGCUACUCCUGCAUCACUUUAUGCUCAUGUUAAUAAUCGUGACUGGGAAUGUGACAGUGCUAUUCCAACUAAAUAUAAAGAUUGCACCAAAGAUAUUGCUCGUCAACUUAUUGAAGAUGCGCCUGGUAAUAAAUUUAAGGUAAUUUUAGGUGGAGGUGGCCAAAAUAUGGGAACUCCAAUGCCAGGUACGAUUGACAAAGACAGUUGUACAAGGAAAGAUGGAAAAGAUUUAACACAAAUAUGGAAAAAAUUCAAUCCAGGUGGCAAAGUUGUUAAAAAUAAUUCUGAUUUAAUGUCUAUUGAUAUUAAAAACACAACAAAAUUACUUGGAGUUUUUUCGAAUAGUCACAUGCCUUAUCACGAAGUAAGGACCGAUGAAACACCGACUUUGGCUAAUAUGACAGCACAAGCUAUCAAAAUCUUGAAAAAAAAUGAUAAUGGAUUUUUAUUAAUGGUCGAAAGUGGAAGGAUCGAUACUGCUCAUCAUAAAAAUUAUGCAAAGUUAGCACUACGUGAAGUUACCGAAUUAGAAGAAGCUGUCAAAGUUGCUUUGAGGCUGACUAAAACAGAAGAUACACUUAUAAUCGUUACAGCUGAUCAUUCACAUGCAUUUACUAUGAAUGGAUACCCACUCCGUGGGAAUGAUAUUUUGGGAUUCGCUAAUAAUGUUAUUGAACCAAAUGUAAAACCUUAUGAAACAUUAACUUAUGCCAACGGACCUGGUUUUACACAUCAUAGAAAUAAUAACACGAAUUCAAGUGAAACUUGGAUACCAGUUGAAUCAAAUGCUAAUAGAAAUGAACCAUUUUAUCAACAUAUGUCUGCUAUGUGGUUGAAAGAUGAGACGCACGGUGGUGAAGAUGUGGGAGUUUACGCUAUUGGUCCAUACUCUCAUUUAUUCCGAGGUACGUUUGAGCAGAAUUAUAUUGCCCAUGCAGUUGCAUACGCCAGUUGUAUGAAAGACUGGCCAUCUCACUGUGAUCAUCAGUACAAAAAAUAUUAUUAUGACACAUCCUCAUCAUCAACUAUUGUAUCUUUAUCGUCAUUAAUAGUAGCAACGUCUUUUUUUAUUCUAAAACUUUUUACUUGAAAUAGUUAAUAUUUAUGUCAAUUAGUGGAAUUUAACGAUAUGAAUAUAAAAAAUAAUGCUACUUUAAAAGUACAGUAUUUUAAAAUUGUUUAUUAGACAAUUUUUCUUCUUUUUAUUAAUUAAUAUAUUAAAUAAAUAAAUAAUUGUUGACAUUGCAGGUCAAUGCACUAUAUUUUAAAUCCACAAAUUAAUUUAUAAUAAUAUGAUUGUAAAAAUUAAUUUAUGGAUUUAAUAAAU